UUACAGGGUAACACAAUCUUUGUUAAAGGGUAUGGUUUAACGGAGAAAAUUCUUCAGGAAUCAUUUACUAAAUUUGGUGAGUUGACAGGUCACUGACAAAGGAAGUGCUCUGUAACUUUAGUUAUUAAGACAUUAUAUGAGAGUGAUUAGGAGUAUAUCUUACAAACAAGAUCUUUGUUUGGUCGCUCAAGCACGAGCGUUGGGGUUUCACCCGUAAAUUUUUAAGAAAGCGAUGGACGCCAAACGCUUGCCCCUAAGCUUUGCGUGUGAGCCUAGUUCUGAACCAAAAAUGUGGAAUACCGUGACAUAACUCCUUUAAAAUGUCCUUUUUGCACAUUUCAGGGAAAGUCCAGCGAGUCAACUUUGAAAAGGACAGAAGGUAAUGUUAGUUUCUGCAACCUCACACAGACUAGAGUGUGGGCGUGCGUUCAUCUAGUUAGUCUCGCUUGCGUAAGCAGCGAGACUCAUCAUCUGCAACGUAUUUUUCUUCGUAUUUAGGACACAAAAGGGGGUCAUUGUGCCAGGCGUUCCUAGCGUGGACCGUGGAAACUAGGAAUAAGAAUCGUUGCGCGAUCGAAGCCACGCAUGCUUUUUGAAGAAAGCUUAGGAGAGAUUUAAUUUAAAGCUUUUCCGAAAUGUGUCAGUCCACGAGUUCUAUCUCUUCAAAGCGUUGAUUACUUUGGAACAAGUGAAAAUUACUGAGAGGUCGGAAAAAAAAUAAGAAUCUUAAUUAGCAAAACUGCGAUGGUCGGUUGUUGUAGACUUUCAUUGUAUGCAAAUGACUCUUGUGAUGAGCAUGUGGUUUAUUUUCGGCGAUGAUUGAAAUGACGUGCCAUGUAAAUCACUUCUUUGAUCUCUGGCAAUGAUGUAAUUUCUCUGGAAUCGAGGCCCUUGAAUUUUCGUGUAUUUAUUUACAUACGCGUAUAGCCUACGACCGCGGACGUUUUUCCGGUCGUCGCUAACGCGCGUACUAAACCAAUUCAGAAACAAAUAAAAAGUAUCGACGACGAUAAAUUCGGAGGUAAACAACCUUUAGCGAGUAGAUCCUGUUUCGUGUAGAAUUAAUCGCCUUAUUUCUCGAUCUAAUGUCCAAGCAAGCGAGACUGAACGCUGCUGUAAGAGCAUUCUUGUUUUUCAAAAUAUUAUAUUACUCCUGAAAACACUCAUAAUGAGCAUUAAACAAAAAGAGUCCCAAAUUUUAUAUUAUCUAGAAAUGCUGAAGAACAAAUAGUACCUCAUCAAAGUACUGCUGUGGAUGUUUCAUUUGAUUGGUCACACCAUGAGAAUUUCAUCCACAGACUCAAAUUAUGUGGUAAAACAUGAAAGAACGGUUAAAGAAGUUUCAUUUGCAAGGCCACAUCAUAGGAUAUCAUCCGCCGCUCUGGAUGUGUGAGGGAUAAGGAAAGUUCUGCAAAAGCUGAUGCAGUUUGAGCGUUUCGGAUCACUUAUCUCUUUGUGUUUCUAGAAAUAGUAUUUAACAUCCCUUCAAGUUAGAACGAUAUUUAUCUUUCCUUGAAAGAAGCAAGGGUUAAAUGUUAUCCGGAUGAUUCUCACUAAACUAAACACUAAAUAGUGGAUAUACAUUUUUGUAAGGUGGCUGAAGAUACGUUCAAGGGGUCAAGGAAUUCGGAGAGUAGAGAAAAAGUCUUCUUAAGUUCGUUCUGCAUGCCUUUAACAGUUUUACUACACAGUCAACAGCAUAUCCGUUUUUCUCCACAGCCAAGGAUUUGUGACUUUUGAAUCUUUCGACGCUGCAGAAAAUGCUAUCGAAGAGGUGUGCUUCUAUUUUAAGAACUAAUGUAGUAGACAUAUGCAUAGUAUUAGAAAAGAUUAAAACAAAAAGUGCUAACUUCUAUAAACCAAAGCUAAGUUGCCAAAAUUGAAAGCUAUUGCUAAGGUUUGGCUCUGUCCUAAACUUCAACUUUUCAACUUUCAACUUUCAACUUUAUGUAAAUUUGGAAAUAUAACAAAGGAUACAUUGGACUGGCCUGCAGUUAGCGAGGCUAUUCGAGGCAGGCCAGGCUACAUAAUUUACUACAAACUAGACAAAUACAAAGAAAUUAGACGUUAUAUAAGUAUAUAUAUUUUACAUUAUAUAGAUAUAUUUUACAUUAAAUAGAUACUAUUCUACUUAAAUGCAAGGACAAUAUUAAAGUGGAAUUUUAAAAAUAAAAUAAAAUGAAAAUAAAGGACAAGAAAAUUACUUUUUCAUUUUCACGAUGAUCGUACCCACAUCAAUAUGGGAGUCUUCAGUUUCAAGGAUAUCGAGUAGCAUUUCUUUUAAUGAUCUUUGAAAAGCUUUUUUCGGUCUUUCUCUAAGAAUUUGAGGUAUCCCAUUCCAAAUUUUGACCCCAACACGCGAAAAAGCAUUUCGUUUGACAUUGAGUCGAGAUUCUUUAGUAUAAAAAUGUUCAGAGGUCCUAAUCACACGCCGCGCAGAUAACAUCGUCUUCAAAAAUAUCCAAUUUAUCAGAACUACCCAAGAUGUACACUUUAAACUUUUGGCGCGUUUCCCUGAACCUGACACCUUUUCCCCUCUUUUUCGCGAAUUACAGCAGUUGCACCUUUUUUCCGCCCUCCGCACCCUUCAGUUGUCGGUUUUCCGGCUUUAAUACUGUUGCCGUACGUUUUUCGAGUUUGAUAAGUGGUACACUUUUCCUUCCGGCCGGGGACUGAUGUGAACUUUUGCUUGGCUAUUUCUGCAAGUAUCCUGACUGUCUCACCCUGCGUCAUUACUAAAUGUUUUGUUAGAAAGAUGCCUUUAAAGAGAAAAUUUAAGUAAAAUUUCAUUGAUAAGCUUUCUCUGCUCUUCUCAGAUGAAUGGUAUGAUGGUAUCUGGUGUUCAUAUCAAGGUGGUUCUCGCCAGAAGGCAAACAAACAUGGGUGACUCACAUUUUCGUUCCAGACCCGGGUUGGGAAGCAGAGGUAAGUGCCGUAUAGAAACGAGUACUAGAGCGGUUUUCAUUUGAGUGUCGAAAAGUAAUUGGUUUUGCACUUUCUACACGAUGCGAUUGGCUUAAAAGAUUCGCGCCACCUUUUCAUCCAAUCAGAAGUAAAACCAAAGCCAAUUGUGACGCGCUCGCAUGCAUUUUCCCGCGCUUUGCGUCAGCCACAUGUAAUUACUUCGAGUUUUGAUUGGUUCAAUGUAUUGUCUGUGUCCUAUGUGAUUGGCCAGAGUAAUUACUUUGGUUUUGGUUUUACGACACUCAAACGAAAACCACUCUAUCAGGUAGCUUUUUUCUCCCUUAUAGGUCGAAAAAAAAAGCCAGGGAAUUCCUUGUAGAACGUCAUUGAAAUUUCUUAGUUCUUAGCUAAGUCUUCGAAAAGUCUAGCCUCGGAAAACAGCCGACAUUUCGCGACGCCAUCACUGGUUUUCCCGCGAAAUGACGUCUGCAAGCGCAAAAACUUCAUACCGAUGACGUGUCAUUAUCCAGAGUUGGGUAGUGCUCCUGAUUGGUCGUGCCGCGGCAAAUAUUCGCUUCAACCAAUCAGAAGCACUACCCAGCUCUGGGUAGUGACGCGUCAUUAGUAAUGGGAUUUUUUUCGAUAGUGCUUCUGAUUGGUUGAAGCAAAUUUCCCGCAGCACGACAAAUCAGAAGCUCUACCCAGAUCUGGAUAGUGAUGCGUCAUCAGUAUGAAAUUUCUACGCUCAUUUCUCAGACGUCAUUUCCCGGGAGGCACCUCGAAAUGUCUGCUGUUUUCUCAGGCUAUGAAAAGUCGAGGAAAUUUUGCCUAGUCCCUAGACCUCAUUAUUCGGCGCGGACAAAGCGUUUCGGGUCACAUGGUCCAAGCGUAAAUACGUCACCGAAGUGAACUGACCGAGAGAGACUGGAGAAACGCUGUACUGGGACUAGGCAAGAGGAAAUUUAUUUUGAGGCAGCCUCAGGGUUUCUUGAGGAUCAUAAACUCAAGACAUUUUUAUCCAGAAAGAAUAGUCUACACUCGAUUGAUUUUUUUCCUAAAGGUAACACAACGAAAAUGGAAAUAAAGGAAAUAUUGUUAUUUCGUGCAAAAAAAGUUACGUGAUUGUGAAGCUAUGAAAGGUCUUUGAUAAUUGCUUGAGGAACAGUCAAUUGUUUUUAGUUCCAGUGAAUGGCAACCUUGUCUUUUUGUCCGCCUUGUGCCUUACUAUUAAUUAAUUGCAAAUCUUUUCCAUUUUGCAGAUUCAAGAGGGCAUAGCUCUGGUCUUCAGUCGCGAGAAGGAAGGGAAAUUAUUUCAUAUGAUGAUAUAUGA